AUGACGGACGUCAUGGAAAAGCAACUAAGACUUUAUGGUUCAAUUAAUCGAUUCCUGGAUAACGUUAAGAAAAUCGGACGAAGCAACCUGACCGCCGCUAAGUUGCGCUCUCGCAUUACCGCCUUAAAGGAGCUAUGGUUGCAGUACCAGGACGGGCACGAUCACCUGGCGAGAAUCACCUCUACUACCGACCAGAAAUCCUUCGACUACUUCAAGGACUCCUACUACGAAGCAGCCGAGGACACCUUCCACGACACCCUUGAUCAGCUGACCGAGCGCCUGGAGAAGUUCGAUCCAGUUGUGAGUCCCAAUCAGUCAUUUUUCGGUGGUAUCUCGCGAGCGGAUGCGGCAGCGGUAGCGUUUCCGGUUUUACCUGCUAUACAAUUACCAAACUUUUCCGGCGAUUAUUCGGAUUGGGAGCAUUUUCGCGACCGUUUUACCACGCUAAUCCGCGAGAACAAAGAGCUCACAAACUAUUCGCGAAUGCAUUAUCUUGUCUCUUGCUUGAAGGGUCGCGCGCUCGAUUGUAUUUCCGACCUGGCGAUCACCUCCGAUAAUUUCGUGAUCGCAUGGCACAUCUUAACUGCGCGAUUUGAGAAGACUCAACGUCUCGUACAUGUUCAUCUCGACGCGUUAUUGAAUUUACCGGCUGUCCGGCGUGAACAAGCUUCGGAGUUACAAUUCCUUCUGGAUCAAGCACGUAAAAGCAUAGCAGCUCUAACAAAUUUGAAUCGUAACCCGGGAUCUCUGUGGAACGAUUUUAUAGUGCACGUCAUCGUGAAGAAACUUGACCCAAUAACAAGAAAAGCGUGGAACUUAAAGGAGAGUAGCGACAACAGUCCGACUUCCUAUGAGCAGCUUGUGCAAUUUUUAACACAAAGACCCAGUGCUCUUGAAUACGAUACAGGGAGCGUCCCCUGUAAGCUUGUAACGAAUUCCGGAAAACCCUCACGCGUUCACGCCACCACCGCAUCUGCCGCUUCAACUCCGCAGUGCCCGUUGUGCAAAAGGGAGCAUUUUUUUUACACGUGCUCUACGUUCGUUAGCAAAAUCCCUUGCGAGCGUCGAAGUUUUAUUCAGAAUCAAAAAAGAUGCUUUAAUUGUCUUAGCGCGAAACAUUCCGUUAAGGAUUGCCAAAGCAAAUUCUCAUGUCGUGCGUGUAAAAAAAGGCAUCAUUCGCUUCUGCAUACUGCUUCGGACGACCAAAAGGCGAUAGAGAUUAAGUCUUUAAGCAGUUCGUCCUCUCAAAUCGAGCAAAAUGUCGCGCCGAUCUACGAAGCAAGUGCGUUUCUUGCUUCAAUUCCGCCGCAGCCACGUUCUCAAGUGCUUCUCGCGACUGCGUGGGUACGAGUCGAAUCCGCGGGUCGCACCGUCGUCGCGCGAGCCCUUCUCGAUCAGGGCUCUGAAAGGACAUUUAUUAACGAAUCCUUGGCUCAAACCUUGCAAGUUAAACGCGAACGCGCCCAGGUUUCCGUUUCCGGGGUCGGAGAUACAAGCGCGGGUAUCGUUCGAACGGCCGCGUCGAUAAAUAUCUACCCGCGCCUCUCCCCUCAUCCAAAGUUCAACACGACCGCUCUUAUAUUGCAAACAUUGACCGCCUAUCAUCCCCGGCGAGCAAGUGACAUAUCGUCCUUUGCUCAUCUCGCCGAUCUCGAGUUAGCCGACGCCUUUCCUUUCAGUUCCGAUCCUAUAUCCCUUAUCAUCGGAGCGGACUUGUACUCUGAGAUCAUCUUAGAAGGCAUACGAAAAGGAAAGUCGGAUCAGCCGAUAGCGCAAAAUUCUGCUCUGGGCUGGAUCAUAUCCGGGCCCAUCGAUUCAGCACAUCAUAACUCGGUGAUCUCCUCCGGCACCGUUAGACACGACUCGCUGAUAAUGUCGAUCAAAUCGGGAGACCGGGAUCCGCUUAAAUCAAACUCCUAUAACCAUGUCAUUAGUCUUCUCUCUCUGGCUCACGAAAUUCAGCGCUUUUGGGAGUCCGAAGAGAUACCGAGGGAAAUACCGCUGAGCGCCGAAGACGAAAGGUGCGAGAAACAUUUUUGUAACACGCAUACUCGCGAUGAGACCGGUCGGUACAUCGUGCGGCUCCCUUUUAAACGAGAUCCGCCUAUCGAUAUCGGAGAAUCUAGAACGAGAGCCGAGAGGAUGCUGAACUCGCUGCGUCGCAAAUUAGCUGUUUCUCCCGCAUCCGAAAAUUCCUACCGCGAAUUUAUGACCGAAUACGAGACUCUCGGCCACAUGCGACUUGCGCCGACCUUUAAAUCGAUGAACUGUCAGACUGUUUAUUUGCCUCAUCACGCGGUGAUCCGCAAAAGCAGCACGACAACACGUCUUCGCGUUGUUUUCAACGCGUCAAGCGUAACAUCCAACGGGUCGACCUUAAAUAAUCAUUUGUUGUCUGGACCGAAAUCACAGACCGAUAUAGUAUCGGUUCUAUUGCAGUGGCGACAGCAUCGGUACGUUUAUGUCGCGGAUAUUACCAAAAUGUAUCGACAAAUUCGUGUCGAUCAUCGCGAUUUAUACUAUCAGCGCAUCCUCUGGUUCAAAUCCGAAGACGCGGAAAUUCAAGAAUUUCAAUUGCUCACGGUUACAUACGGUAUGGCCUGCGCGCCGUUCCUCGCUCUCCGCGUGUUAAAGCAACUAGUGCAGGAUGAAGGCUCGCGAUUCCCCCUCGCCGUUCCUGUCAUGAGUCACAAUAUUUACAUUGACGAUUUGCUUUUCGGCGACGACGACAUACAGCGAAUCGGGCAAACGCGCGAUCAAGUGCGUUCGUUGUUACGCUGCGGCGGAUUUGAACUGAAAAAAUGGGCGAGUAAUUCCGCCAGCCUUCUCGCGUAUAUCGACAAAACCGAGCAUUGCAUGACACGCGAUAAACUAUUAAAACCCGACGCUCGAGUUAACAUUCUGAGGAUAAAUUGGAACCCCAUCCGCGACGCUUUUGUUUUUUGUGUCUCUUUAGACGAGAAACUGCCGAGUAACAAACGAGCCAUCUUAUCGACAAUCGCUAAACUUUACGACCCGUUGGGAUGGGUAACCCCUGUUGUCAUAUCUGCAAAAAUAUUCAUGCAGAGCCUGUGGCAUGCGAAUCUCACUUGGGAUGAACCGCUCCCUUCGGAAUUACGCGUCGCAUGGCAUUCUAUUUACUCGAAACUCGCAAGCCUCCACGGAUUGCAGAUCGCGCGCUGGACCGGGCUCACCUCAACUCGUAGUAGCUGCACGGAUUCGCUGACGCUUCGAGUCACGCCUACGCCGCCUCCGUUUAUCUCAAGGUCGUUUCGGAAACUGGUGACGUCUCUAUAA